CACACACCCUUCACAGGCCAGGAGGACUUUCAAGGAAACUACGAGAAGAGCCUUCAUCAUGCAGUGCCCGCAGUCUCCGGGGCGAAUCCUGUCAGAGGAGCAGUUCUCCUGCUCUAUCUGUCUGGAGGUCUUCGUCGAGCCCGUCUCCACUCCCUGCGGCCACACUUUCUGUAAGGCCUGUCUGCAGGGCUUCUGGAAUCACAGUAAGAAGUUCCUGUGCCCCAUGUGCAAGAAAACCUUCUCCAGAAAACCAGAGCUCAGCGUCAACUGCGUGCUGGCCGAGAUCGCCGAACAGUUCCAGGGUCUGUCCACGAUGUCCUCGGUCGACCGGGCCAACGUCGAGUUUGCCAAUUCCCCACAGAAAGACGACGACUGGGGAGACUUCGCUAAAGCAGGAGAAGUGCCCUGCGAUGCCUGCAUCGGCCGGAAGAUGAAGGCCAUGAAGUCGUGUCUGAGCUGCCUGGGUUCGUUUUGCGAAGCUCACCUGCGGCACCAUAAGAAGGGGAAGGCGAUGAGCUCGCACAAGCUGGUGGAGCCCAUACACAACCUGGAGGACAAGAUGUGCAAGACACACAAACGCCUCCUGGACGCCUACUGCCGAAACGAACACGUGUGCGUGUGUAAGGAGUGCGCAGAGUCCUCGCAUAAAGGCCAUGAUGUUGUCUCCACCGAACGAGAGUGGAAGAAAAAAACGAGUCAGCUGGGAAAGAAAAGGUCAGAACUGAAACAUCUGAUCAAGGAGCGAGAAAAGAAACUUGAGGAGAUCAAGCAGUCCAUCAAAGUCCUCAAAGACAGCAGUCAGAAGGAGAUUGAGGAGAGCUGGGCGGUUUACGCGGAGCUGCAGCGGCUGCUGGAACAGUCUCAGGCCGAGCUGCUGGAGCUCAUCACCACACGACAGAAACAAGCGGAGCAGCAGGCCAAAGAUCUGGCCAGCGGCCUGGAGCACGAGCUCAACACCCUGAGGAAGAGGAGCAGCGAGCUGGACGCGCUCGCUCAGACACAAGACAGGGUGCUCUUUCUACAGUUUCUGCCAUCCCUUCCUCCUCCCCCGGAGCCGUCUGAUUGGUCAUUGGUGUACGUGAACACGGAUCUGUAUCUCAGCACCAUCAGGAAGUCUGUCUGCUCUCUGGUGGACAAAUUCCAACACGAGGUCAAACGGCUUUAUGGGAAAGAACUCAGGAAGCUGCAAAACUAUGCAAGUGAGGUGAUCUUGGAUCCUGCCACAGCUCAGCGUGAACUCUGUCUGUCCGAGGACGGCCGGCAUGUGCGCUAUGAAGAGCAGCGGAAGAGCUCCACGCAUUCGGACACGCCGCGGCGCUUCAACCCAGCGCUGUUCGUCCUGGCGCGCGAGGGCCUUUCCUCCGGCAGACACUACUGGGAAGUGGAUGUGGGACACAAGACCGCUUGGACCGUAGGAGUGUCCCGCGGGUCAGUACGACGCAAAGGAGAGAUCCGCCUGAGUCCAGAAGGAGGCUUCUGGUGUUUAUGGCUGAAAAACGGAGAAGUGAAAGCUCUUACUGGCAACAGAGUUCCUCUGCAUCUCACCACACUGCCUCAGAAGCUCGGCAUCUUUCUGGACUACGAAGCUGGCCAGGUGUCCUUCUAUGAUGUGAAGACACGCUCUCAUCUCUACACGUUCACCGAUGCGUUCACUGAGAGUAUUUACCCCAUUUUCAGCCCUUGCAUCAACCAGGACGGAAAGAACCCUGGAGCGCUGGUCAUCACUGCUGUUAAACACAGCUGAGACGGCAAACUCACUCCAAUGUAUUUUUCAUGAGUUUCUAAAAGACUGUUACAACACUGAAGACUUCCCAAUUGGAUUCUUGACAAACCCCACACUUUUUCACAAGAAUUCUCUCUGUAAAUCUUAAAACACAAUAAGAGAACUGGCAUGCAUCUAAUGUACAAAGACUAUGCGUUUUAAUAUAUAAAAAAAGGAAGCAGACAGUUUUGAAACACAUAUACACUACCGUUAAAACGUUUGGGGUCAAUAAGAAAGAAAUUAAGUCUUAUUCAGCAAGGAUGCAUUCAACUGAUCAAAAGUGACAGUAAAGCAAUGUAUAAUGUUGUUUUAAAUAAAUGCUAUUCUUUUUUACAUUUAUAUUGUAUCAACAUUGAUAAUAAUCAGAAAUGUUUCUUGAGCAGCAAAUCAGCAUAUUAGAAUGAUUUCUGAAUUAUCAUGUGGCACUGAAGACUCGAGUAAUGACGCUGAAAAUGCAGCUUUGAUCACAACAAUACAUAUUUUACAGUAUAUUAACACAGACAACAUAUUUUAAAUUGUAACAAUUUUUUCACUAUAUUGCUGUUUUACUGUAUUUUUGAUCAAAUAAAUGCAGCCUUGGUGAGCAUAUAAAGUUAUUGACAACUAUUUUUUGAUCUGAUUUGUCUGUUGCUUUCCUUUCCCCAAUUUGUUCCUAUUGGAUGAUUCCUAUAUAUUUGAAUUUUACAUUUUGUUCAUGUUUGAAAUGCAAUGAAAAAGUAUUUGAAUUUAUUGACACCAAACUUUUGAACGGUUGUGCACUUUGGUUCACAUUAACUCUGUGACUGUUAACAUGAUGCUAAAUUAAAGUUUCACCAUUUUUUAACUUGUGAAUCAAAGUAUAGAAUUGUAACAACUUGCUAAAAUCCACACUUUAACUCAAUCAUUCAUACAUUUAAAUUUGUUUUGCUCAUUGAUAAAAUGUUAUGAUAUGAGCUGAAUGUGUAUGUGUGAUAUGACAAUAAGCUAAAUGGAAAUGAAUGAACUGUAUAGAGCAGACCACCUAUAUAUUUACUGUGUUAAUUUUUAUAUCCAGGGUAUCAUAAUGUUUGGAUACAGGUUUUUAAUGAGUUUCUUUUCAGAACUUUUGAAUAAAAUUCAUAAUAUUAA